AUGCCUACUAUCCCCAAGAUCGUGUUUUACUUUGACGUCUUGUCCGUGUUCAGCUACAUUGGAUUUGAGUUUAUGGAAAAGUACACGGCGCUGUGGGGCAUCGAGGUUGAAUACCGUCCGUUCAAUCUUGGGCAGGUUAUGAGGAACACAAAAAACAUGCUGAGUCCGAACAAGGGGCCUUUCCUGAUAACUGAUGCCCGUCGCACGUCGAGUAUCACAAAGAUUCCGUUCAAGGGAGAGCCUACAAAAUUCCCUUACAACUCUACCACCGCGCUACGCACGCUACAGUAUUUGAAGACGCACCACCCGCGGUUGAUGGUGCCAGCGAUGCGCCGCCUGUGGAGAAUGGAGUACGUCGAGCGCAGGGCGCCGGAGUCGGCCGAUGACAUAAAACAGGCGCUCGAUGGGCUGGUAGAUGCGCGUGUUGUCGAGGAGGCAAUCAGUGUGCCAGACACCCUAGAGGCGGUAAAGCAGAACACUGCCGACGUUGAGCAGAUGAAGGGAUUCGGCGCGCCGACUAUUCUUGUGUAUAGAAAGGGCGAGUCCGAGCCGCAAAUGUACUUUGGGUCGGACAGGUUUGAGCACAUCGCCAUUUACCUGGACAAGGAGUUUUACCCGAUGAAGCAGCUGUUUUCCGCGCCCAAGAUUUGA